UCCUCCGUCUCCGAUUUCCGAUUUCCUGGUCCGCAGAAAGCAGAAGACAGGAUCUCAAAAAUAGAUAUUCCUGUGUGACUGAAAGCGGUCACAGGCGUCUAAAGUCAUAGCCUUUAGUUUAAUCGACUGGCUAAUUAGCAUCUAAUAAAAGUUGCUACAUCAGAGAACGGAAAGGGCGCUGUCGUAAUCUGACAAUUAGCAAAGCUGGUUGCUUGCGCGGUCUGAAAUGUCUGCCUCGGCCGGCGGUGUCUCUCCUGCAGCCCAGGGAUCGGCUCUUGCCGGCCCUGGCUCUGGGAUGUCCAUGUUCCGAUGGUUGGAGGUUCUGGAGAAGGAGUUUGACAAGGCGUUUGUGGAUGUGGAUUUGCUGCUUGGAGAGAUCGACCCCGAUCAAGCUGACAUCACCUAUGAGGGCCGACAGAAGAUGACAAGUCUUAGCUCAUGUUUUGCUCAGCUUUGCCAUAAAGCCCAAACCAUCUUCCAACUUAACCACAAGCUAGAGGCCCAGGUGGUGGACCUGAAGUCGGAGCUGACGGAUGUCCAGGCGGAGAAGGCGGUGGUGGAGAAGGAGGUCCACGACCAGCUGCUGCAGCUCCACGCCAUCCAGCUACAGCUCCACGCCAAAACAGGCCAGGGCGUAGACUCGGGCUCCAUCAAAGCCAAGCUGUCUGUUCCUUCAGUGGAGGAGAUGGAGAGGGAGCUGGAGGCCAACAAGAAGGAGAAGGUAAAGGAGAUGAAGCUGGAGGCUGAGGUGAAGCUGUUCAAGAAGGAGAACGAGGCCCUCCGCAGGCACAUUGCGGUACUGCAGGCGGAGGUCUACGGGGCGCGACUAGCCGCCAAAUACCUGGACAAGGAGCUGGCCGGGAGGGUGCAGCAGAUUCAGCUGCUGGGCCGAGACAUGAAGGGACCGGCCCACGACAAACUCUGGAACCAGCUGGAGGCCGAGAUCCACCUGCAUCGCCACAAAACGGUCAUCCGAGCCUGCAGAGGGCGCAAUGAUCCCAAGAAGCCCUUACCCGCACCGGUGGGACACGACACAGAGGCACUGAAGAAGACGCAGGGUGUCGGCCCAAUUCGGAAAGUGGUGCUGUCUAAAGAAGACCACGAAGGACUUGGCAUCUCCAUCACGGGGGGGAAGGAACACGGUGUUCCCAUCCUGAUUUCGGAGAUCCACCCCACCCAGCCGGCGGAGCGCUGCGGCGGGCUGCACGUGGGGGACGCCAUCUUGGCCGUCAACAGCAUCAACCUGCGGGACGCCAAGCACAAGGAGGCGGUGACCAUCCUGUCACAGCAGAGGGGCGAGAUCGAGUUCGAGGUGGUGUACGUGGCCCCGGAGGUGGACUCGGAUGACGAGAACGUGGAGUACGAGGACGACAGCGGCCACCGCUAUCGCCUGUACCUGGACGAGCUGGAGGAGGGCUCGGCCACCAGCCGCAGCAACGGCACAGGAGACCCCCUACAAGCCCUGGAGAAAAACUGCGCGAGUGACGGGGUGGAGAACGGCGACACGGGGGUGUCCAGCGAGACGCUGUCAGAGGAGACCCCCCCGAAAGCCACGGAGUCGGCGGAGAGCUCCUCAUAGAGGGGACGAGGACAGUG